UGUUGUGAUUAGACUGAAGAGAGGUUUGCGGUUUUGCUCAUUUAAAGUGUUUAAAUCGAUACACGUCAAUUUGAUAGUUUUUACAAGAGGAAAACUCCUGGAUAAACAUCUGAGAUCCACGUGACACUAUUAUAAAGAUGGCGUUGAUUAAACAGGAGAGUGAAGACAUAAAGAUUGAAGAAGUGUUCAGCCUGAAACAAGAAGAUACUGAGGAACAAACAGACCUGAUGCUGCUGAAAGAGGAGAGUCAAGAACCGAAUGGAAUGGAAGAGAAAGAUCAGAAUGAGAAACAUGAUUUCAUGACUGGAGAGAAAUCCACAAAGAUGGAAAAGACUCGCUCACGAAAAAGAACUCAAAAGACCAAACCUUGCCGUCAAUGUGGAAAGAAAUUCAGUAAAAAACGAAACCUGGAAAUCCACAUGAGACUUCACACUGGAGAGAAGCCUUUCAGCUGCCAAAAGUGUAGAAAGAGUUUCACUCAAAAACACAACCUGGAAACCCACAUGAGACUUCACACUGGAGAGAAGCCUUUCACAUGCCAACAGUGUGGAAAGAGUUUCACUAAAAAAAACUACUUUAACGUCCACAUGAGACUUCACUCUGGAGAGAGUCCUUUCACAUGCCAACAGUGUGGAAAGAGUUUUGCUGUAAUGCAAAGCCUUAAAGUUCACAUGGUAGUUCACACUGGAGAGAAGCCUUUCACAUGCCAACAGUGUGGAAAGAGUUUUACUCAAAAACACAACCUGGGAAUCCACAUGAGAGCUCACACUGGAGAGAAGCCUUUCACAUGCCAACAGUGUGGAAAGAGUUUCACUCAAAAACACAGCCUGGAAAUCCACAUGAGAGCUCACACUGGAGAGAAGCCUUUCACAUGCCAACAGUGUGGAAAGAGUUUCACUCAAAAACAUAACCUGGAAAUCCACAUGAGAGUUCACACUGGAGAGAAGCCUUUUAGCUGCCAAAAGUGUGGAAAGAGUUUCCCUAGAAAACAAAACCUUAAAGUCCACAUGAGAGUUCACACUGGAGAAAAGCCUUACAACAAUUGUAAAUCUUAGAAAUCACAUUCUCAUUCACACUGGAGUUUAUUGGGAGAAAAAUUAUGUGAUAAGUGUGGAAAGUUCACACGUAAAGUAACCUUUAAUUGCCACAUGAGACUUCAUGUUGGAGAGAAGCCUUUCAUCUGUAAACUGUGUGGCAACAUUUUUUUACAAGAAGUAGUUGCACAGGAGAGAAGCGGUUCAUGUUUGAAAUUGCUGUGAAAUGGCAGAAUGUAACUGAAUGAUUUUACAUAAAAUUACAAAAACUGAAUGAAAUAAGAACAUUAGGUAACACUUUAUUUUACGGUGUCCGUGAUACAGAGUAAUAAAUUAUUUACUUAGUAGUAGACAUUGUAAUAACAUGCAACAAAAUGUAACUAAGUUAUGGAACAGCCUGUACUUACAGAUUGUAAUUACACACAUGUAAUAGGUAGCUACUGUUACACAUAUGUAACAGGCAAAGUCGGUUACAUACGUCUUGCAUGAUCUCUCUUACCUCAGGAUUGAAAUCCACAGAGAAACUCACAGAAAUACUUUUAUAUGAUCAGAAUGCACCAUAUGAGUGUAUAUAUAGGAGUAAUAUAUCCUAUACACUCACCUAAAGGAUUAUUAGAGGAGUAAUACAUCCUAUAUAUACACUCACCUAAAGGAUUAUUAGG